UUCUAAACGACGCCAUUUUGUCAAAGGAGAUCGAGGRAGCUCAGCRUUCUUGACUCUUUUAGUUGAAAAUGUCGCGUGGUGGAACUAGGGUGUACUUUGGAAGACUUCCAAGAGAUUGUAGAGAAAGAGAUUUAGAGAAAUUCAUUCGUGGAUAUGGCCAUUAUCGUGAAAUUAGUAUAAAACUUGGCUACGGCUUCGUGGAAUUUGAAGAUUCAAAAGACGCAGACGAUUGUGUGUACGAUUUAAAUGGCAAAGAACUUUUAGGAGAAAGAAUUGUAGUGGAGCAUGCUAGGAAUCCUGUUCGCAGUGUAGAUUAUGGAUAUCGCAGCCGUGAUAGCUCAGGAUACAGUAGCAGCAGGUCAAGCAGAAGGGAUCCUCCAAGAAGAGGAAGAACCCCACCAGUCAGAACAGAGCAUAGAUUAGCUGUUACUAAUCUCUCUUCACGCUGCAAUUGGCAGGAUUUAAAAGAGUACAUGAGUAAAGCUGGGGAGGUCACAUUUGCUGAUGCCCACAAGAGAAGACAAGGAGAGGGGGUUGUAGAGUUCUCAUCUAAAGAUGACAUGAAAACUGCCAUGAAAAAACUAGAUGACACCGAGUUCUUUGGAAGACACAUUAAACUUAAAAUAGAAAAAGUUAAGACUAGACGAUCAACUAGCAGAAGCAGRAGUAGAAGUAGGAGUCCAAGAUCUCGUCGCAAGAGCCGUUCUCGAUCCCGCUCAAGAUCUCCCAAACGCCGCCGCCGUUCAUCAUCACCCCAUCGCAGAUCAAAACACUCCAGAUCACGUUCAACAUCCAAAUCUCCAUCAAAAGACAAAAAAGCCACUUCCAAAUCACGCUCCAAGUCACCUGAUGAAAGAUCUAGAUCUGGGUCUCCAAAGAAAGAUCAAGAAAAUGGCGAUGAUGAUAUGAAAGAUGUUGACGAAGUUGAUGAUGAACAAGAAGAACAGGCUGACCCUGUGCAAGAGAAUGGCGAUGACGAAAAUGGAGAAGAGCAGGAAAAUGCUGACGAUGAUGAUGCUGAUAAGAAGGACAUUGAUGCCGAUGAUGAUGGUGAUGAUGCUUAGUUCAAUUACACUGAUUGUUUUAUUCGUGUUUGCAACAUGCAUGUCACAUUCAUGUAAAUAUCUUGUCUUAUAAAACUUAUUAAUAAUGCAUGAGCUAUUACUCCAAUAAGGGUUGUCCAUUUCAUCAGGUGAUU